GGAUCGCGUCCGCCGGAUGGCAGUUGUUCGGUGCAGUGCCACCAUGACGACAUCCCCACCGCUACGACUUCGACUGCCCUUCCUUCUCCUCUCCACUCAGCGAGCUUUUACGUGCGAAGGGAGCGAGGCAUCCACCACAGCGAAAAAGUAGGCGAAGUGGUUAAAGAAUCGAUCGAUCUUUCCUAGAUUUUUUUUCUUGUCCCCGAGGAAUUCGGUUUCGCUCGGAAUUCUCCAGCCAGCCCCAUGGCGGUUCUUGGCGGCUUCCGCCGGAACAUCGGCCUGUUCUUGAGUAAAAGCAACGGAUUUAUGGCGGCGUCGCUGUCGGCGGCGAGCUGUGCGGAGGAGGUGGAGAAGGCCGAGGGGGCGGCGUGCCGGGACGACGCGGGGGCGCUGAGGCUCAAGUGGAUCGCCAUGGCCGCGAUUCUGGUGGCCGGAGUGCUGGGAGUGGGCUUGCCGCUCGUGGGCCGCAAGCGGCGCGCGGUGCGGACCGGCAGCGCCGUGUUCGUCGCCGCCAAGGCCUUCGCGGCCGGCGUGAUCCUGGCCACGGGGUUCGUCCACAUGCUGCACGACGCCGAGCACGCGCUCUCCAACCCUUGCCUCCCCGCCGCGCCCUGGCGCCGGUUCCCGUUCCCAGGGUUCGUCGCCAUGCUCGCCGCCCUCGCCACGCUCGUGCUCGACUUCGUCGUCACCAGGUUCUACGAGCGCAAGCACCGCGCCGAGGUCGCUCGUGUCAAGGCCGACGCCGCUGCCGCGCUCGCCGCGUCCACCUCUGCCACCGUUAGCGACGAAGACAUCACCGUGGUCACAGUUACUGACGAUGAGCACAAGGCGCCGCUCUUGCAAACCCACUCGCAUUCCCAUUCCCACGCGCACUCGCACGGUCACGAGCUGGUGCAGGCAGAUGGCCGCGAGGGGGAUGUAUCAGAGCACGUGCGCUCCGUCGUGGUGUCACAGAUACUGGAGAUGGGAAUCGUGUCGCACUCGGUGAUCAUUGGCCUCUCGCUGGGGGUAUCACGGAGCCCCUGCACAAUUAGGCCGCUGGUGGCAGCGCUCUCGUUCCACCAGUUCUUCGAGGGGUUUGCGCUUGGUGGAUGCAUUGCCCAGGCACAAUUUAAGAAUCUUUCGGCAGCUAUGAUGGCAUCCUUUUUUGCCAUCACAACACCUAUGGGUAUUGCUGCUGGGGCUGGUUUGGCCUCGUUCUACAACGCCAAUAGCCCCAGGGCUCUGGUGGUGGAAGGCAUCCUUGACUCCGUGUCAGCCGGCAUACUCAUAUACAUGGCGCUCGUGGAUCUCAUCGCUGCCGACUUCUUGGGUGGGAAAAUGACGGGGACGCCGCGGCAGCAGGUGAUGGCAUAUGUCGCCCUGUUCCUUGGCGCGCUCUCGAUGUCAUCUCUUGCAAUCUGGGCCUGAACCACAGGCAUUUUAACGGACGGUCGCGUCCUAAAGAUGUUGCCUUCAACAUGUAUAGAACUAAUGUGUGUGCAUGUGUUCUUGUGGUAAUAUGCCCUUGUUUUUUAUGGGCAUGAGAGGGGACAGCGCUGGUGGAAAACCUGGGGCAUUGUGUAUAUGUACUUUUGGCUUUGUAAAUGCUACUGCCCCAUUGCUGAAAACCACGACAGCAGCUGCUUAUGUGAAGAGUGAUCUGGUUGCGUUUACUCGGGUAUAAAUUGCAGGGCAUCUGCGAAA